AUGUCCUCAAACAAGGAGAACGAUUACAUACUCCCUGGAUUCGGCCUUGGCCAGUAUGGUCAAGAUGUUGGCGACGGCAGAUACCACUGCACGUUGUGCCCGAAGACUUUCAAUGGCGACUUGAAGACAAAAUACCGCCAUGUAAUGUCGGAUGAGCACCUCAAAAGGUUGCCGCCAAUCUACUGCCAACAGUUGCUGUUGCUCAAGGACAGCGAUAUGGCUCUGGUGUGCCCUAAAUGCCAGAAGAAGUUCAGUCGCGGUGACUCCAUGAAGAAGCACGCCGAUACGUGUGGGGUCCCAAAGAAAAGGAAAGAACCGCGGGCUUCACGGCCGCGUAGGAGGCCUGCGCAGGUCGUCCAAACCCCGGCGGUGGUGGAAGAGGUCCCUCCACCAGAUCCCGACUUCCCCGAACUCAAGGGCAACCCGCGGUUCACGGAGGCGGUGCGGGUGGCGGCACAGCCGUUCAACUUUGACAAUCUCAUGGGGGAUCCUCUACUCCUGGAGUUUGUGCGAUUCGUGGUGUAUCUGAAUUGCUACAUCAUUCCGACACACUAUCCGCACCUAGUAGGCGUCUACUAA